AUGGAAAGAAUAAAGAUACAUUUGAAAAAAGAAAAUAUUUUGAAAGUUUUAGGUUAUAAUUAUAGAGUAGAUCUGCAGCAGUUAAAGCACAAAAGAAAAAAUUAGCAGGCUGCAAUGAGUGAUUCUUCAUCAAUAGAUAUCAAAGAUUAUCAAGAUGAAAUUGAAUACUUAGAUGAAAUUAAUAACUCUAUGAUAUAGAAUACAUAGCAAACUGAUGACUCAAACUUAGAUCGUAACUUUUAGAAUAUAAGAUAAAAUAAAAAGUCCUAAUAUUUUAAAGAAUUUAACCCUGAAGGUAUUAGGAAAAAAUAAACUACUAGCUCAUUCUCUAAAAAAUUUGUCUCUUUUAAAGAAAAGGCAGAUGAUGAGCUUGCAACAAUUUUUCACAGAAAAUAAUAAUAAGAAAGACACCUAUUGAAAUCAAAUUUUAAAAAAGGUCAAACAGAGAGAUAGGUGCUUAAUGAGUCUUAUGAUGAAAGCUAAAAUUAUAUAAGAAGUAAAAAGUAAUAAUUCCGAAAGAAUGAUAAUAUAGAAACUUCCGUAGAAUUAGAAAAAUAAAUGUAAAGCAAUGAGCAAUUGCAUAAUACUUUAAACUAUGCUGAUUGCUAAUCAUCAAAUGACAGCAUAAAUUAAUUAAUGAGUGAUUUUAGAAGCUAGCAAGAUAAUUAAAUUUAUGAAAAAGUUGAUUAGAGUAGGUAAAAGUAGCAUAACUAAUUUCUAAGCAAUAGAAUUUAUAUCUAACCAUAAUUUCAGCAAUUGAAUCAAAGUGGUAUAAAGAUAAAUAAAAAGUUGAGAAAAAAAUCGGUUAUACCAGAUGAAGAAAUAAAAAAAUUUAUGAUGAAUUAUGAGACAAAACAAACAGAAGAUAGGACAUAGGUUUUGAUUUUGAAAAAAUUUGAUCGAUAAAAAAAUAAUUAGAUAGGAGUUGGUCCUAAAUUUUAAGGAUCAGAUUUUAAGCAGAAAUAACUAAUGAAAAAAUGUUCAAGGCUUAGUUUAGGACAAAUAUCUUAGUCUCAGUAUUAAAAUGAAACAAGUUUGUUUAGUGCUGAUAUGAAUGAAAGCUAUAAUUAGCCUGAAUUAAAUUUUGAUAAUAAUCAAGAUCACUUGGAUAUAGAUCUAUAGGAGGAUGAAAUUUAACUUUAUCAGGAUUAAUCUUAGGAAAUGGAUUAUUAUGUAGUUGGCAGUAUACAGAGUAUACAUUCUGAAUAGGAUCAUAAUGAUUUAAAUAACAUUUAUAGAAUUAAGAAUCUAGAAACUCCAUAAUAGAGCAGUAAAAAUAAAGAAAUGAUAGAUGAUUAAAGCAAAGCAGAAAAGCUGAAGAGAUAGGAGUUAACAAUUAAAUAUGAUUCAUUAAGGUUAGAUUUAAUUGGGGAUCCUGAAUAUUAGUGUCUUAACGAAAAUCUUGAAAAUGAAUUAAAAUAAGACAAUUAUGAAGAGAGUUUAACAGAAAAUUAAUACAAAAGUAGUGGAACUAUUAAUGAAGAUAAAUAACAUAAUUAAGGACUAUCAUCUAAUGAAAAAAUAUCUUCUAAAAUUCUAUCCUCUUAAAGUAGCAAUAAAAAUAAAAUUUAAUAAAUUGAUUCUUUAAUUGAAAAACAAGAUAGCGUGUUGGCAAAUAAUUGGUUUACAAACUAGGAAAAAUGA